AUGUCAUCUAAAACCAGAGAUAUUAAUACACAUUAUCGUGAUAAGUGUUCGUUCAAAAAUUGUUCUAUAGGAAAUUUAUUUCGUAAAUUAGCCUUUUUUCCAAAUAAUUCAAAUUUAAAGAAUAACCCACCAACAAAUUUGACCAGUUUCGAUAAUGUUCAUGAAUCAAAUUUAAAUAAUAACCCACCAACAAAAUCGACAAGUACCAUUAAUGGUUAUGAAAAUAAUUGUACUAGAUGUGGCCAAAAAAAUGAUUGGGAAAGAUAUUCAAAUGUUGAUGUUGCUCUAAAGAGUCUUAAAAACAUAAAAGAGGAAGAUAUUACUAGUGAUCUUUUUAAAGAGCUUAAAUCUCAUUUAAAAUCUAACGACCAGAUAGUAGGUCGUUUUAACGUCUUGCGCACAUAUGGCAUUACCUUUGAUCCUGAAUUAAAGGUUUAUAUGAUGGUCAUGACAUUAGCAGACUAUGGUGAUUUAUCUGCAUAUUUGCAUCAAAAUUUUUCUACGCUCACUUAUAUAAAGAAGCUUGAGCUUCUCUAUGACAUAGCUACUGGUCUUACUCAGAUCCAUAAAUCUGGACUUGUUCAUCGUGAUUUACACAGUGGUAAUAUAUUGUGCCAGGGGAUAAAGGAUAAUAACCUGGGUCGUGGUGAAGAAUAUCGAUUCGUUAUUGCUUUUGGUGAAGUUAGGCUCAACACAUCUUUAGCAUUAAAAAUUUGUUCUGGAAAUAGACCUGAUAUUCCAUUUAAUACUCCAAAAUUAUAUUCAGACUUAAUGCAAAGAUGUUGGAGUAAUAAUAUUGAAGAAAGGCCAAGUGCACAUGAGUUAUAUAUGACGAUUGGGAUAUGGUUGAAUCAAUGUUUAUUCGUUCCAAAUUCUGAAAUCGCUAAAGAAUUUAAAAAUGGUGAUGAACUCAGACCAAAAAUACAGAAACCACAAGUAUUACAUCCGGAUAAUGUCCUAUACAGUACUGUUUAUGAUAUUAUAGAUCCAACAGAUCAGAAAACUUCUGAUUUAUUUAACAUUGAAGAUUCAACAGACUUUGAAAUCCCUGAAGAUUUGUGA